UUCACGUGAAAAAAUAAGUAAUUUUUCACAUCAACUACAAAUUAUUGAUUGACAAAUUUGCAGAAUUUUAAGUUCCCAAACAUACUUAAAAUUAUUAGAAUCACCCUAUUCUUGAUUUUCGAAACUUAAACACAAGAACAUUCAAUUUUACCACACUGUCUAGUCACUAAUUUCUAUUUUAUCACAAAUAAAUUUACUUCCAAUGACACAGAGUAAGAUAAAUUACUAUGAACCACAAACUCAUAAAUAUUUGAACUAUACUGGACUGCAAAAAAGUAACAAUUAAGGCUUCAAUUUUCUCACAAAAUAAUUUAGUCUGCAGUAGAAACUUAAAGGCAAUGAAACAUUUCCACGGAAUAUGCUUACUUCUUGUUAUUAAAAUUGUACAAUCCAACACAAGCUUGGCAUUGGUCUCACCAAAGGAAAGUAAGAUGAGUGAAUUUCUCAAAGAACUUAUUUAUAACGAUAUAAUGCUUAACACGGUAACUGUUCGAGUAAGUGUUGAAACUGAAUCAAAAUUGACAAAGUGGAAUUUUGGUGAUACAAUUGGUCAAUUUCUGUCCACGGUUUAUCAAUCAAAAAAUAAGCGUAUUAUGUUGGAAUUGAGAGAUGCCGAUAUAAAGAAGAGGACAACAUUUGAUUUACAUGCUAGAAUUCUGUUUGUUGAUACUUUUAAGUCAUUAAGAAAUCUAAUAGUCAAGGAACGUCUUCAUGAUCAGCACCUUUCAGUUGAAAAUCAGUUAUACUACAUAAUUCUGCCACCGGAAAUCUCACUUCGCAACUACCACACAUUUCUCGAACAAAUAAUGCAUUUAUGUUUAAGAAACUUCAUAAUUAAUCUUAAUGUUCUUGUUGAACAGGCAAAUCAAGAUAUCAUAACCGCAUAUACCUUCUAUCCAUUUACUUAUAAGAGUUGUAGAAGUCAUUCACCAAUAGUUCACAAUCGCUUCAUCAAUGGAAGUCUUCAGUUUGAAAAUUAUCAAACUUUUCCUGCUAAACUCAACAACUUUUGGCAGUGUCCUCUGUUUGUUGUGUUUUCUGAAGAACCUCCGUUUAUAAUUGUUGAAGAUAAUAAGAUAUCAGGAAUAGACGGAUGGUACUUGAACACACUUGCUAAUAUGAUGAAUUUUUCGAUCAAUGCAAUUUUGUCUGAAGAAACGGGUAGAACAAGUCCCAAUGGAACAAUAAAUGGAGUUUUUAAAAUGAUGAACGAUGGUAUUGGAGAUUUUUCGUUGGGAGGAUCUUUCUGCGAUGUACAUAGAAUGUCACGAUUUUCCUCAACAACAGACUAUUUUACGACGUAUCUUAAAAUUGUCGUUAAAUUUCCAAAACCGUACAGUUCCUUAGAGAUCCUGCUUUUACCAUUUGAUUGCUACACCUGGUUUACUUUAUUAACGCUUUUGCUGGCCAAAUGGAUUGGUAAUGUCUUUUGGAAGAGAAAUUCUAUGGAAAUGGCGAGUAUUGAUGAGUCUUCAGCCAGAUUUCACAUACUCACUUGGCUUUUCAGCAUUCUCAUUCUGCAAAGUUCCUAUGAAGGUUCAAUUUUUAAAUUUCUUCACAAUAGUCCACGUAGAGAAAUUCCUUCCGAUCUUGAAGAAGCCCUUGCUAAAGGCUAUAAAAUUAUAGCCAAAUCAAGUUACUACACAGCUUUGAAAGAAUUCAGUGAUUUUUCGGAUCAAUUCAUGUUUGUUGAUGCUUCAUUGGCAAACUUGAUUGAAGAAUUCAAUAUUAGUGAUGGGAAGUAUGCAUUGGUCAUUCUGGGUGAACUCUUGAUGAAUUCAAACAAAACUCAAGAAUUAAAGUAUAGCAAUUUCAUCACCGUGAAAAAUCCUCUCAUACAGAAUAUUCUUUGCAUGUAUUUGCCGAAAUUCUCAUAUUUAACAAAUGAAUUGAAUCGUCGAAUAAAACAAUUAAAAUAUUUUGGACAUUUGAAGAAGUUCUAUGAUAAGCCAUCAAAAAUGAAGUUUUCAAAUAAGAAGGUGAGGAACAUUGGAAAAGAUGUUAAUAUUAUUUCACUGAGUAAGCUGUCGGGGGCGUUUCAAUUGUUGGGAGUUUUUAUGAGCUUGGGAGUAUUGGUGUUUUUCGUGGAACUGUUUUCGGUGCAGAAUCGAACUCUUCGGAAGUUUGUGGAACUUGUUCAUUGAUUUUAAAAAU